UGCGUGAGCGCGGUGACGUCAGCGCGUGGCGUUCCGUCUCGAAGGUUUCCGAGUCAAUCCGCGGCGCACUUAACUCUUCUUGCGCCGGAGUCUAAGCCCGGAAGCCUGGGCUGGGGGAGUUUCCCUUCUUGGGUCGUGGGAACCGGACUUCCAGGUCCCAGAGGAGGCUGAGGAUCGGAACUCCUGGGUUUUGGAUGAGAGGAUGCCGCAUCUAUGGGAUGCAUGGCAUCUGCGGGAUGUGAGUCGGACUGAGCGCAGCCACUGCCCAACACAGACGGUGAAGAAGCUCCUGGAAGAACAGAGGCGUCGACAGCAGCAGCCGGAGGCUGGUGGGGUACCGGGACACUUCUCCCCACCCCUGGCCCAACCACUGACCCUAUCUGUGAACGAGGCAGAAGCAGGUCAUACACACUUCCUCACCUUCCAAGAGACCGUGGAUUCAGGACCUGGCAACCUGGCUCCCCCUUCAGGCUUUCCAGACUGGGACCCCAACGCCCAUGCUACCUAUGCAGACAGCUUGUGCCCCUACUCUGCUGCUGAAGGCUUUCUGAUGCCUGAUGGCUACCCUCCGUCAGACCCAGGGCGCUCGGGCCCAUUUCCCCUGGGGAUGGAGGACUCUCUGGAUACCCGGUUGUAUACAGAAACUUCCCUGUCACAGGUGGGACCCUGGAGGGUCUCUAACCUCCCCUCAGGAUCCCCACAGUUGCCUCCAUCCACUGGACCCUCCCUGGAGACAGCCCGAGCUCAUAUAUUGGCUUUGGGGCCACAACAGCUCCUGGCCCAGGAUGAGGAAGGAGACACGCUCUUGCACCUGUUUGCCGCUCGGGGUCUGCGCUGGGCAGCGUAUGCUGCAGCAGAGGUGUUACAGAUGUACCGACAGCUGGAUAUUCGUGAGCAUAAAGGCAAGACUCCUCUCCUGGUGGCAGCUGCUGCCAACCAGCCACUGAUUGUGGAAGACCUACUGAGCCUGGGCGCUGAGGCAAAUGGUACUGACCAUCAAGGCCGUUCUGUCCUGCAUGUGGCAGCCACCUACGGGCUCCCAGGGGUCCUUUCGGCUGUGUUUAAAUCAGGCAUUCAAGUGGACCUGGAAGCCAGAGAUUUCGAAGGUCUUACCCCCCUCCACACAGCCGUCCUGGCUCUCAAUGCUGCUAUGUCCCCACCCAGCGUCUGUCCGAGGAUGCUGAGUGCCCAGGCCGGAGACAGACUGACAUGUGUGCAGAUGCUCCUGCAAAUGGGUGCCAGUCACAUCAGCCAGGAGAUCAAGAGCAACAAGACCAUUCUGCACUUGGCCGUACAGGCUGCCAACCCUACCCUGGUUCAGUUGCUACUGGGGCUGCCGAGGGGGGACCUUCGGGCCUUUGUCAAUAUGAAGGCCCAUGGGAACACAGCCCUCCACAUGGCAGCUGCCUUGCCCCCUGGACCGCCCCAGGAGGCCAUUGUGAGGCAUCUGCUGGCAGCUGGAGCAGACCCAACACUGCGCAACCUGGAGAACGAGCAGCCCAUUCACCUGCUGCGACCUGGGCCGGGCCCCGAGGGGCUCCGGCAGCUGUUGAAGAGGAGCCGUGCGGCACCCCCAGGCUUGUCCUCUUAGGACUGAAAUCCAGAACCUGGACUGAUUUUUCCAGUCCCCAGCGUCCCAUGGGACAGUCAGCGUAUGCUCAUGUCGCAGAUUCAUAAUGUAUGUGGAAUAUCCUGCCAUUAGGGUCUUACAUUAAAACCCCAAAGUGGCACUGGGGGAGGUAAGCAGUCCCCAAUAUUUGGGGUCGUGUGAUAACCUCUUCCCCCUACAAGGGGCUAGCUAGAUGAUUUCUGUGAAAUCGAGCCCACUUGACUGUUUCUGUGAAACACCCUAGACACCUCUAACUCUCCUAUUGGAUCAGCCAUGAUCACCUCCAGAUCCUCCCCAGGAACUCCGAUGGAGCCUCCGUGGGAUUUGAGGCUCCCUAGGAAAUCCCACCAGGGCUCUUCCCCAAGACUCACAUCCCUGAGAUGUCGGAAAGGCCCUCUGAGAUUAGCGGGCCCUCUGAGAUUAGCGAGUCCUGGCUGUAUUGUCAUUUAGGACCCAAUGUCCCAGACCCUAGCAUUCCCACUGAGUUGCUCUUUGUCUGUGUAGCGCUAUAGCUCCCAAUUAAACUCAA